GUUUUGCGCCCUACGCUCCGACUGCACUCGCUCUGUGCCAGCAGCGCAUUGCGGAGACACUGCAGCAAAUCGAAGCAGCAGAGAGAGGAGACACUGAUGCCUGGCCUGACAGAGAUACACUCGAAUGCUCGCUGGAUGUGUUAAGCUCAGUUGCAGAGAGUUUAGGAGAGCAGCUGCUUCCUUUGCUGCAGCAGCAGCAGCAGCUGCUGCUGCUGCUAGAGCGUUGCUGCAGCGACAAGAGCCCUUCUGUGCUGCAGUCAGCUCUAGCGUUAGUAGGAGAUCUUGCGAAGCAUUGUGCUGUCGUACCUCGGCCCGAAGUUAUCUUUCCGCUUCUGCAGCAGCAUUUGCUGCACGGUUCGAUAUCUGUAGUAAAUAACGCAGGCUGGGCGUUAGGCGAGCUGUCUCUUCGAGUGUCUCCUGAGGUUUUGUCUCCUUUUGCGGUCCCUCUGUCUUCGCUUCUUAUUUGUAUUAUUCAUAAACAAGACAUGCAUAAAGCGCUGCUGCAGAAUGUCGCCAUUACCCUGGGUCGUUUGGCUGGGGUUUGUCCCUCUGCUUUGUCUCCUUUGCUUCCUGACUUUUUGUCGCGGUGGUGCGUCUUGUCGAGGACAACUAAGAAUGAUGCUGAUAAGGCGGGAGCAUUCAGAGGUUAUGCUGCUGAUGCUGCUGUUGCUGCUAGGGGUAUUGGUUGUAUGCUUAGAGUGUAUUAUUAG